UUAUGUAACAACAAACAGAUGGCAUUUGUUUCUGAAAUACGAUAGCCCGAAGAAUCCAUAAAAUACUUGAGGUGUAAGUGUAAUUUUUGAAUCGAAAUUGUAGCAUCACUUAAUGAUUUAGUUUUAUCUUAUAAGUUUUAGAAACAACAAUUUAUUGUGCAUGCUGGUUAAAAGGUUAAAAAUUGUGACUUUCAUAUAACUGUGGAAACCUGUAGAACAAAUAAUGAAAUAUCAAAAAAAUGUAAAGAAAAAUUAAAACUACAUGCUGUCAGAAUAAGAAUUGUUAUCUUCUUUCCUGGACAAAAGUAAAUAAACUUCUCUGCACUUGUUCGAACUGGAUAAAGAACAUAUGUGAAGUGGCCUCGUAGAUAAGCUUCGUUACAUCCUCUAAAAUCGAGUUCAUUUUAAAGUUCAGGUUUUUCCAAGGAAUAUACGCCAUAGAUUUUUGAUAUACGAACAUCAUGAAAAAUUUAGAGUUGAUAGUUACUUUCUACACAACUCUACUUUUCGGCGAAUUAACUGCAGCUUUUGAAUCAUCCCACAUAUUGUAUGAAAAUAACUUUUACCAAUUCUUCAGCAAAUCUCUUCGUGAAGAAAAAAACCAUGCUACGAAAAAGGCUAUGCCAAAUCCAAAUACGGAAUUUUCUACUCCGAAAUAUUCAUUUCACUCUGAAAGAGCACCAACUAAACAAGAUACGGAAUUUUCUUCUCCGAAAUAUUCCUUUCAACCUGAAAUAGCAACACCUAAUCAAGAUACGGAAUUUUCUUCUCCGAAAUAUUCCUUUCAACCUGAAAUAGCAACAUCUAAUCAAGAUACGGAAUUUUCUUCUCCGAAAUAUUCCUUUCAACCUGAAAUAGCAAAACCUAAUCAAGAUGCGGAAUUUUCUUCUCCGAAAUAUUCAUUUCACUCUGAAAGAGCACCAACUAAACAAGAUACGGAAUUUUCUUCUCCGAAAUAUUCCUUUCAACCUGAAAUAGCAACACCUAAACAAGAUGCGGAAUUUUCUUCUUCGAAAUAUUCCUUUCAACCUGAAAUAGCAACACCUAAUCAAGAUACGGAAUUUUCUUCUCCGAAAUAUUCCUUUCAACCUGAAAUAGCAACACCUAAUCAAGAUACGGAAUUUUCUUCUCCGAAAUAUCCCUUUCAACCUGAAAUAGCAACACCUAAACAAGAUACGGAAUUUUCUCCUCCGAAAUAUUCCUUUCAACCUGAAAUAGCAACACCUAAUCAAGAUACGGAAUUUUCUUCUCCGAAAUAUCCCUUUCAACCUGAAAUAGCAACACCUAAACAAGAUACGGAAUUUUCUCCUCUGAAAUAUUCCUUUCAACCUGAAAUAGCAACACCUAAUCAAGAUACGGAAUUUUCUUCUCCGAAAUAUUCCUUUCAACCUGAAAUAGCAACAUCUAAUCAAGAUACGGAAUUUUCUUCUCCGAAAUAUUCCUUCCAACCUGAAAUAGCAAAACCUAAUCAAGAUACGGAAUUUUCUUCUCCAAAAUAUCCCUUUCAACCUGAAAUAGCUACACCUAAACAAGAUACGGAAUUUUCUUCUCCGAAAUAUUCCUUUCAACCUGAAAUAGCAACACCUAAUCAAGACGAAUUGUCCUCUCUACCCUAUCCGUUUGAACCUGAAUUUGAAACCCCUGAUCAAUAUAUAUGCACCGAAGAUAAAUGCCUGAAUGCAAAAUGUGAAGUUGUGGUAAACGGUUACAAAUGCAGAUGCAAUGAAGGCUUCAGUGGUGAAAGAUGUGAAGUGAUAACUCAAAUACGGCCAGAUCAGUCAAUUCCCUGGUUGAUUGCCUUUCUCGCAGUAAAUUUUCUGAUAUGCAUUUUACUUCUUGGAAUAUGCUGCACUAUCUGUCGUACAACAAAGUUUAAUUGCCGUGUUGAAGUUCUGCAAAUAUAACAUUGCAAUAACAUUAUAGAAGUAACGUUACAAUCUCACAAGUACUGAGUGUCAACGGUGAUUGUAUAAACAAGUUUAAAAGUUUUAUUUUAUAACUAGCCGCCUUUGGCGACCAGCCGGUUCGCCAACCUUAAUGCUCAUUAAAAUUUUAAUAAUUAAAUAUUUUAUGCAAUCCCUACUUUAAUAACUUCUUCAUCAAAAUAUUUUUAAACUUCAAAUAAAUUUUGACAGUCAUAUAAUUCACUCAUUAUAUUAUAAAGGCCUUCAGUCAUAACGUGAUAUGUAUCUCUCUAAUUUUCUGUUAGAAUUUAUGCUUUAAAUUAAAUGGAAAUGAUUAAUCUGCAAUUAAUAUAAUAAUAUUUUUUACUGAAAUAAAGCAUUUUUUUAUAAUAUGUUUAUUAAAAACAGAGUCACUGAGCAUUUAAACCUUAUGGGCACUAAAGAAUAUCUUUCUUAAUUUAUGUAAUAUCUCAAGAAUUUGUCAACAAAAUUUUCUCAGAUUCAUCAUGAGCAAAUCGAUUCAUUAACAAUGUUUAAUUUAAUGCAUCAAGCACUAAGAAUAUAAACAGAAUCGUUUCAAAUAAUUGGUCGAAAACAGGUUAAAAAAACUACUUAAAAAACGAUAUACUUAAAACUAUAAGCAUAUACAAAAAAUAUAUAACUAACAUAAAUACAAUUUAAUUACAAAAGCAUACAACGAACCUAAAAAUAAUUUUAAUCAAGUCCGCAUCUGUUGAAAAUAGUUGUCAACAUUCAGACCACAAUGCGCAUGCGUGAAUUUUUCUACGUCAGUUGUGUUAAUGUUAUACAGAUUAGAAAUUUUUAAUUUCUUUUAUUCUGUUUUAUUUUAAUUCAAAAAUACUUCAGAAUAAAUCUGAAAGAUCGAUUCAUUAACAAUGUUUAAUUUUAAAUGCAUCAGACAUUAAGAAAAUAAACAGAAUUGUUUGAAAUAAUCUGUCGAAAAUGUUAAGCCUAAACUCAUUAGUGUGGGGAAAAAAAUUGAAGCCUUACUCAUUUGGAAGUGAAGAUUUUUUUGGUGGGAAAGUUAGUUUUUAAUUUAUAAUUAAAAUUCUAACUAAAAAUUCAAAAAAGGACCCCAGGUGCACAUUCCCGACCUCCAAGGUUUACAUGUACCAAAUUUGGUAGCUGUGGGUCAAACGGUCUGGUCUGUAGAGCACCAACACACACACACAUUGAGCUUUAUUAUAAGUAUAGAUGUAUAGUGCAUGCUCGAGUAAAAGAUUAAGUUUGAAUCAAAUGGGUUUUCUAUAAUAAAUCAGAUAUUUUCUUUUAAUUAAAAACUUACAAAUUUAAUAUCACAAAUUUAGAAUUUAUAUAAAAUAAGCACAGAAAAUUGCACCUUUGCUUUGUCUUUUUUUUACUUUACUGUCUUUUGAUACACAGUAUAAAGGAUGCAUUUUAACUAUCAAAAGAUUCGAAUUCGAAAUUUUGUCAAAUAUAUACGUUUCACACCUCCAUGAGUCCAAAAAGAAUAAUCUGGCAUUAUAUCUGUAUGUCAUUCUAUCUGUCUGUUUGUCUGUGAACACAGUAAUCCAAAGCCGCUUUGAGCUAGACGUCUGAAAUUUGGUUCAUGGAAUUGCGAACAAAUCUGUAGAUUUCUGAAAUUUUGAAUAAAAUCUAUUCGCAGGAAUUUUUUCUUUCUAGCUGUUCGAGUACAAGUGAACUCGAUUACAAAACGUAAGAGAGCUAAGUAAAUAAAUUUUGCAUAGAAUUUUAGCAUCACAAAUAUGAAUAUUUAUCAAAUUUUAAACCAAAUCCGUCAAACAGUCGACUGCCUGUCUAUCUGUAUUUUUCUA